GUCCUGAUUGGCCGCGCCCAGCCACGCGCGCGGCGCCGAUUGGCCGCGCCGCGGGCCCCGCCCCCCGCGGGGCUGAGGGGCGGGUCACGUGGGGGCGGCGGGGGCGGCGGGAGCGGCGGAGCGCAGCGGCCAUGAAGCACUACGAGGUGGAGAUCCUGGACGCGCGCAGCAGGGAGAAACUGUGCUUCCUGGACAAGGUGGAGCCUCAGGCCACGGUGGCCGACAUCAAAAACCUGUUCAGCAAGAGCCAUCCCCAGUGGUACCCGGCGAGGCAGUCCCUGCGCCUGGACCCCAAGGGGCGCUCGCUCAAGGACGAGGACGUGCUGCAGUCGCUGCCCGUGGGCACCACGGCCACGCUCUACUUCCGGGACCUGGGGGCGCAGAUCAGCUGGGUCACGGUGUUCCUGACGGAGUACGCGGGCCCCCUGCUCAUUUACCUGCUGUUCUAUUUCCGGGUGCCGUUCCUGUACGGGCCCCGCUACGACUUCACCGCCAGCCGGCACCGCGUGGUCCACCUGGCGUGCUGCUGUCACUCGUUCCACUACGUCAAGCGGCUGCUGGAGACGCUCUUCGUGCACCGCUUCUCGCACGGCACCAUGCCCCUGCGCAACAUCUUCAAGAACUGCACCUACUACUGGGGCUUCGCGGCCUGGAUGGCGUACUACAUCAACCACCCGCUGUACACCCCGCCAGCCUACGGUGACGAGCAGGUGAAGCUGGCGCUGGCCGUGUUCCUGUUCUGCCAGCUCGGGAACUUCUCCAUCCACGUGGCCCUGAGGAACCUGCGGCCCGCGGGCUCCAAGACGCGGAAGAUCCCGUACCCCACCCGCAACCCCUUCACGUGGCUCUUCCUGCUCGUGUCCUGCCCCAACUACACCUACGAGGUCGGCUCCUGGAUCGGUUUCACCAUCAUGACCCAGUGCCUGCCCGUGGCGCUGUUCUCGCUGGUGGGGUAUGUGCAGAUGGCGAUCUGGGCUCAGGGCAAGCACCGCAGUUACCUGCGCGAGUUCCGCGACUACCCCCCGCUGCGCUCGCCCAUCGUGCCCUUCCUGCUGUGACACCGUGGGGACACCUCGGGGACAGCCCGGGGACA